UUUGCUUUGGCAUGUUUGGGGUGUCUCACAUCACCAUGGAGAUCAGGAAAGUGCAGCUAAAUUGUCACAGGACAGUCUUCCUGACAAUGAUGAUGUUCAAAUGGGGUAUAUUCUGUUCGGGGUCAUCUGACUUGUGCGCAUUGUCCCCCUGUCGUAACGGGGCGACGUGCGUGGACACCAUGGACGAUUACGUGUGUCUGUGUUCACGGGAAGGUGUCCGGUACACGGGGAAGGACUGCGACGUACUGUACAACGCGUGCGUGUUCGCCGAAUGUGAAGGAUGCAUGAGUGAACCGGGCUCGGAGCUCUACACCUGCCCGGGUGACGUCAACGAGUGUGAAAGCGGGCCGUGUGUGGGUGUUGUUUCAGAAUGCGUGGACGAGUUAAACGGCUACAAAUGCCUUUGCCCACCUGGAUAUGGAGGAGAGAACUGUAGCCGUCAUAUUACAGACUGCAUCGAUGAACCCUGUCUAAACAACGGCACUUGUAGUAGGAUAGUGGACGGGUUUGAGUGCACCUGUCCCAGCGGUUUCCGAGGAGAGACGUGCGAAGAGAAUGUGGAUGAGUGCGCAUCACAUCCGUGUCAGAACGGCGCCAUCUGUCUGGAUGGAGUGAAUAGGUAUCACUGCUUCUGCGUACCGGGAUACCAAGGACACAACUGUGAUAUUGACAUCAACGAGUGCGCAUCCCGACCCUGCUGGAACAACGGAACCUGUAUUAAUGAGAAAGAUCGGUACAUUUGUGAAUGCCUACCGGGAUAUACAGGAAUAAACUGUGAGAUGGAGAUUGAUGAAUGCGAGUCAAAUCCCUGUGAAAAUGGCGCCACCUGUCACGAUCUGGUGGGACUGUACACCUGUGACUGCGUGCGAGGGUUCGAAGGGUCCGACUGCGAGAUCAACAUCAAUGAGUGUGAGAGCCAUCCGUGUCAGAACGGAGGAAUCUGUCACGACCUUGUCGACAGUUAUGAAUGCGAGUGUGAAGGCACUGGGUUUUUGGGAGACCACUGUGAGGAAGAUAAUCCUGAGUGUGCAUCAGAUCCAUGCCAACAUGGAGGAACUUGUGUAGAGGGCAUUAACCAUUACAACUGUAGCUGUUGGCCAGGUUUUGAAGGUGUUAACUGUGAGGUGGAUGUAGAUGAAUGCGCUGAUACUCCUUGUGAGAACGGCGGUGAAUGUUUUGAGAAGUCUAAACCUGAGAACUGGAAAACAGACUGGACGUUCAGCUACGACAACGCAGCAGGUUACGUCUGCAAGUGCCAACCUGGAUAUACAGGAGAGAACUGUUCAGUAAACAUAAACGAGUGUGCGUCCAAGCCGUGCCACAACGGAGGCAGCUGUAAAGAUCUUGUAAACGGAUACAUGUGUUUGUGUGCAGACGGGUUUACAGGUGUGCAGUGUGAAGUCAAUAUAAACGAAUGUGAGAGCGCCCCCUGUCUGAACGGAGGUGUAUGUGAAGAUGGAGUGGCUGAAUACGAGUGUCACUGUGCAGAAGCUGAGGAAGGUCUGCUACCCUGGGGCGGACCUCAAUGCAGCGUGCAGAUGCUUGGUUGCAUUGAAAACACAUGUGAAAAUGGCUCCACCUGCCUGCCAUGGUGUGACGGAGAGACACACGGACAUACCUGUCUCUGCCCGCCGGGUUUCUACGAUGACGUCUGCUCUACACCAACCACAUUCUCCUUCUCCUCACCGAGAUUCUUCUUAUUUGAGGUUCCAGCUCUCGAGCGCAGAAGGAGAGAUACGAAACACGGGCAUCUUUUGGAGGUGCGCCUGCGCUUCCGUACCACAUUGCCUGACAUGCUGUUGUUCUUUCGUGGCAAUGCUGAAACCUUUCUGUCUCUGGAGAUUGUUGGGGGUGAGCUUCGUACAAGGCUGGUGUCGGGAGUCGGAGGGACGCUGGAGGCAAGGUUGCCAGGUGUUGUGAGUGAUGGAGAAUGGCGUGAGGUUGUGGCGGGCAUUGAUGAAGAGUCUACAAAAGUUGUGCUGGAGGUUAAAGGUCCAUCCUGUCUAAAUAAAGCAUGCAAAGUGGAAAACAAGUUUCCAGAUGAUCGUGAACCUUUCUCAAAGCAUCUCACAAAGGUGUAUGUGGGUGGCGUACCAGAGGAGUAUCUGAAGUUUACGUUGAGCGGCCGUGGAUUUUUGGGAUGUAUGGAGGACUUGCAGGUGGACGGUCGUCAGGUCUUACCUCAGGAUCUGGGUGACGGGGAUGAGAGCGUGGAGAUAGGAUGUAAAAAGACUGAAUGGUGCGAGGUGGAUCCACAACCCUGCUCCCAACAUGGGCAAUGUGUUGACCUCUGGACCAGCUACCGCUGUGACUGUUAUAGACCUCAUCACGGACAUGAAUGCAGCCAAGAAUACCCAUCUUGGACAUUUGGUCACGAAGACUCCGUCAGCUUUCUUGCAUUUGAAAUGCAGUCUGACUUUGGCAGAAGCUUCAGCGUGAUGUUCUUCCUGCGAUCGCUUCAGUCGAGGGGAUUGUUACUUCAGUUUCGUAGAGCAGAGAGUGGGGAACCUUACUUUACCAUCUACCUACAAAUGGGUCGAGUGAAGGUGACCUCAACUGCGAAGUCGCCCGUGCUGUCAGUACCAGCGUUUGUCAGUAAUGGAGAAAAGCAGCUGUUGCAGGUGGAUGUCGAGGAUGGUCAGGUGUUCUUCAUCCACGGAGGCUGGCGCUUUGAACUUGGCCUGCUGCCAGACUUGGAAGUUCUAGAAGGAGACCUGGUGUAUGUGGGAGGGCUUCCAGGUGGGGGCGCAGCUGAGUGGGGGGGACACUUUAAAGGCUGCCUGCAGGACCUGAGACUGGAUGACGUGCAUCUGGACCAGAAAACAUGGAAUGGUCCUGUCAAUGAGACUGUAUAUGUUGCCAGUGAUGCAGAAAACGUGCUUUUUGGAUGCAUCAGUGACGAUAAAUGCAAGGAGCAGCCUUGUUUGAAUGGAGGGGAGUGUACAGUCACAUGGAAUGACUUCACUUGUUCCUGCCCAUGAAAUUUCACCGGAAAGACGUGCGAAACCCGAGUGUGGUGUGUGAGCGACCCAUGUGUAAACGCCGGACACUGUGUGGAUCUGUUGGAUGGGUUUGAAUGUAUCACUAAUGCAACUUUCCACAACACCCCCUUACACUACAGCGCAAGAGGAACCCUAGUUUUCCCGGUCACCAAUGUUACCAUAGAGCUGCGUACACGGCAGGAAAAUGCUGUGUUACUGCGUGCAUGGAGGGGGGCGGAGCUUCUCCUGAUUGGCCUGGUUGAUUCAUCCGUUCAAGUGGAGAUCCAUACCGAGAACAGAGUGGAACCAGUGAUCUUCUCCGGAUAGAGACACGUUGCAGAUGGCCAAUGGCAUCGUCUCCUGGUGUCCAUGGCAUACCCGGAGCGUGAUCUAUCACUCUGGUUGAUUUUGGUGGAUGGUGUCAUGGAUGGCAGCAGUGCUCCGGCUCUUUCCAGGAGUUUACACUUUCUCAACGACCGCUCAAGUGAGGUUGCACUGGCAGAGAUGUACACGGGGUGCAUGGGUGCGGUCAGAGUGGGUGAGGUUUACCUUCCAUUUGAUGACAACGUCAAAGCACCACAGACAUCAAGGUUUUGGAGACGUCCAGAUGAGCGUGUGCACGUGGGGUGCGUUGGGGGUCCGGUGUGCGAUUCUCAUCCAUGCAGGCGGGGUGGCACGUGUGUGGAUCUCUUCAACACUUUUGCCUGCCAGUGUCCACCGGGUUGGGAAGGAAGCACCUGCGAGACAGAAACAGAUGAGUGUGCUUCGGGACCCUGCGUCCACGGCAGGUGCACCGAUCAGUUUAAUGGCUUUGAGUGCACGUGUCACCCGGGCUACGGUGGACCUACCUGUUCAGAAAACCUGGAUGAUUGUAAAGCGUCAGAGUGUAAGCAUGGGGGUACCUGUGUGGAUGGGAUUAAUGGCUACACGUGUAUCUGUCCACCUCAGUACAGCGGAACACGUUGCCAGUACAACUACCCUCCUCUGAAGUGCGAACUGGACUUUGGGUGUGAAAAUGAUGGCGUGUGUCAUGACACACAAUGGGGGGCAAACUGCACCUGCUCUCCAGGAUUCACAGGAGACAGAUGCGAGACAGAAAUUGACGAGUGUGCGUCCGGCCCGUGUCUGAACGGAGGAUCCUGUCUGGAUCGGCUGAACCGGUUUCAAUGUUUGUGUCCGGCGGGAUUAAGUGGCCAGUUCUGUGAAACAAAUAAACAGUCUCAUAAGGAUCGUAUCCCGUGGCUGGCGAUCGCGGUCCCGGUGGUGUGUGGCUGUGCGCUCCUGGCGGCGAUUGGUUUUAUUUUCAUGCUGAUGACGGCACGCAGGAAACGGCAGUCGGAGGGAACGUACUCCCCGAGCCAACAGGAAUUUGCCGGUGCGCGUCUGGAGAUGGACAGCAUGCUGAAAGUACCACCCGAGGAGCGUCUGAUCUGA